AUGCCUCCAUUUGUUCCCAGAAAACGGCUUUCUUCUGAAGAACCGCCGCCAGCCAAAAGACCCGCCACAGAUGCCCUCCUCGCAAUCCCCGAGUCCGACGCGGACGCCGACUCCACCUCGUCGCUCAGCGAGGCUCCCAGUGACGAGUUUGUUGAUGUGAACACUGGAGCGGACACAGAAGGAGAAGGAGAAGGCUCCAACGAGGGCUCCGACGAUGAAAUAGACUGGGAGGAUGCCAUCGACACGACUACCAAGACUACUACUGCGGUCGCCACGCCGGCAGCCGAGCCCCAGGACUUGGAGCUGACGCUGGACAGAGACGAGGUGCACGUCUCCGAUCUGCUGGAGGGCAAGAAGGGCCCUUCCAAGAUCGAGCGGCAGAUCCGCACGCUCACUCACUGCAUGCACGUCCAAUGUCUACUUUUCCAUAACGCUCUCCGCAACGCCUGGGCCAGCGACGCCAAACUCCACGAGAUCCUCCGCCAGAAGCUCCCCACGGGGAUCCGAAACGAAGUACACAAAUGGCGAGUCGCCUCGGGGUUGGAGAUGCCGGAAGAAAAACCGGAGGAGAAACAAAAGGGAAAGAAACAGAAGGGCAGGAAGAAAAAGAGCGACCGCGACUGGGGGGACGGCUCAUCGCGUCUGGAGCCCGGGCAGCCGGAUCUGAGCCGUGGCGAUCCCAUCAUCCAUCUCCUCAAGGUGCUGACGGCGUACUGGAGGCGGCAGUUCCAGAUCACGGCGCCCGGGCUGCGGAAACAGGGAUACCGACCGAUGGCUGCGGUCGAGGCGCAGAUUGCCUCCCUGCACAAGCAAGACCAUGAUCCGGAGGUGCACGGCGAGCGGAUUCGCGAUCGCGACGAAUUCCGUGCUGUCGCAGAGGCCAUGCAGGGCUCGCGAGACGUCGGCGCCCAGCUCUUCACGGCGCUGCUUCGUGCCUUGGGGAUCGAGGCCCGACUGGUCGGGAGUUUGCAACCGUUGGGUUUUGGCUGGACCAAGGCCGAGACAUACGCAGAGAAAACCCAGGCAGCUUCGGUCAACCGGGAGGAUACCAUAGAAGCUGGUGAUAUCUCCGCCGACUCGGAGGAGAGCAGCGACAGCGACGAGGUACCUACAAAGACGACGAAGACAAAAGGCUACGAUCGCGACCUUCCAUUUCCCGUCUACUGGACCGAAGUUGCCUCCCCGAUUACCCACGAGAUCAUCCCUGUGGACCCUCUCGUUCUCGCCAACGCCGUGGCAACGACUCCAGAGCUGCAGGCUGCGUUUGAGCCUCGCGGCGCCCGAGCCGAACGUGCCAAACAAGUCAUCUGUUACGUCGUGGCGCACGCCGCCGACGGAACCGCCAAGGACGUGACGACGCGAUAUCUCCGCCGCCGCACCUGGCCGGGCAAAACCAAGGGAUACCGGCUCCCCGUGGAGAAGAUCGCCGUCCCCGGCCGUCGUCGCAAGGGUCAGUUCGAUGAGUACGACUGGUUCCGGGUCACGAUGCGCGGGUACCUGCGCCCGGAGGCGAAGCGCACGGCGGUUGACGAGACAGAAGACGCCAAGGACCUGCUCCCGAACCAGCCGGACAAGAAAGCGGCGCGAGACGGCGACACGCUGCAGAGCCUGCGCACGUCGGCCGAAUACGUGCUCGAACGGUUCCUGCGCCGCGAGGAAGCGCUCCGCCCGGGAGCCGAGCAUGUGCGGCUGUUCACGUCCGGCAAGGGCGUCAAGGCCAAGGAAGAGAAAGUCUUCCGGCGGGCAGACGUGCUGAAAUGUCUGUCGGCAGAGAGCUGGCACAAGGAAGGCCGCCAGGUGAAGGUCGGGGAGGCACCGCUGAAGCGCGUGCCGAUCCGGGCAGUCACCCUGCUGCGCAAACGCGAGGUCGACGAGCUGACGCGCGAGACAGGCGAGAAACCCCUGCAGGGCCUGUACGCGCGCCACCAGACGGAAUACAUCAUCCCGCCGCCCAUCCGCGACGGGAUCAUCCCGAAGAACGAGUACGGCAACAUCGACUGUUUUGUUCCCAGCAUGGUCCCGCGCGGGGCCUCGCAUGUUCCCUGGCCGGGCACCGUGCGCGUCUGCAAGAAACUGGGCAUCGACUACGCCGAGGCCGUGACGGGCUUCGAGUUUGGGUCCAAGAUGGCGGUCCCCGUGAUUCGCGGCGUGGUGGUUGCUGCCGAGAACGAGUCGUUGCUGAAGGAUGCGUGGCGGGUGGACGACGCAGAGAAGCGGAAACGCGAACAGCUCAAGGCCGAGAAACGCAUCCUUCAGACGUGGCGGAAGUUCCUGUUCGGCUUGCGUAUCGCUGAGCGUGUUCGUGAGGAAUACGGUGGUGAUGAUCGUCUCGACGACACACUGCGCGACGCGCAUAAUCCGUUCACCAAGUCGGAGGCUUCUGCAUCAAGGGAUGGAGCAGACUCCCACCAUCACGAUCAUGGCGGUGGGUUUCUUCUUGCAGAUGAUGAUGAUCAUCACCCUCAUGAUUUCGGCGGUGGGUUUCUCUUACCUGGUGAAGACGGCGAUGCGGACGGGUUGAUUGUCGACCAUGGAAAAUCCAAGUCUGAAGGUUCAUCGGCAGAGGAGGAGGAGGAAGAAGACGACGACUACGACGAAUAUGAACAGCCGAGACGGAAAAGGUAA